CACAGAGCAAUGACGACGAUGGCCGCCGACGGCCUGGUGGAAGUUUCUGCGCAAGAUUGGAGUGAGCUGCGGGAUCUUUAUAAACGCGAUUGGCCUCGGUACGAGGUAGCCUACAAUACACUACAAAAUUUCAUUCAUUGGACACUCGCUUCCGAGCCUGUGGAUACCAUGACUGUCUACAGUUACGGUGAAAGCUGGCGUCAAAAUGGUACUGUUGUAAUAACUAGUGCAAACUACAUUUUUCUGUACACACUGGAUGCUUCUGAAGAAACCCUUCGAAAGGCACUGCUUGCGUUUAAGUGGAAACGAGCGUACAUAUCGUACAUGACAACCUAUCGUUCGCUUCUGUUGGAGGUGUACCAAACGCUCAACUUAAAAGUGGUGCUUGAUGUUCCCAACGUGUUGUAUCGGUUGUCGCGUGAGCAAGCGCAAAACAUAACGUACACACCCCCAGACGGGUUUUACGCACAGGAAAUCAAUCCAAUGUAUGCUCAAUUCAUCAACGAUCGCUGGAGAUUUAAGGGUGAAGGAACAGAGCGCGUGAUCGAGAGGCUGUUGAAGCAUAACUUGUCCAUGGGCCUUUUCGACGCCCAGCAGCACCUGGUGGGUUGGUGCCUUCGCGGUGAGAACGGCGCCAUGUGCAUGCUUGGAGUGUCAACUAAACGCAAAGGCUACGGGUCGCUGGUAGUUAAAGCUUUUGCCAAGGGUUUAGAAGCAAACGGAUGCACCUCGUACGCUAGUGUUGUUAAAACCAAUGCUCCCUCUAGGGCGAUGUUCGAAAAACUAGGUUUCGUUCAAGUAUGCGACGUCGAUUGGUUGGGAAACAGUGCACACGAUGUGGUACAAACAUACAGAAAGCAGGAACUCUCAUGGAACACAGUGACAAUCGCAGUUCGUUGCCAGCGUCCAAACAUGCAGGAAGAUCGCUUGAAACCAAUCCCACGCUGCGAUUGGGAAGAGUGGCGCGAUUUGUACAAACGAGACUGGCCACGCCAUGAGCUCGCUUAUAAUACGGUGCAAAACUAUAUUAACUGGUCCAAACGCGACCGCAAGAUUAAAGACUUGGUGAUUUACAGCCUGAAUGGAAGUUGGCGAGAAAAUGGAACGUACGUUAUUAUUGAUCGUAUUGAUCUGUAUAUGUACACGUUGGACGAGUCGUUGGUUACCUUACGCCGUGCACUAGAGCUAGUGGACUGGGAUUACUAUUACGUUGCCGUGAUGUGUGAAUAUGAGACUCUUCUCUUCGAUGUUUUCAAGCAACUUAACGUGCAGCUGUGCGUUGCGAGACCAAAUUACGUCUAUUACCUAUCCAAGGAACAAGCCCAUGCACUGUCUGUAACCCUUCCGGAAGGAUUUAAACUCGCUUCGCUCAAACCGGAAAAUACUGAUACUAUCAAUGAUCAUUGGCCUCACCGGGAAACGGGAUCAGAAUUUUCCCUUGAACGUUUGAUAUGCUGGAACCCUUCGAUUGGGUUGUACGAUUCUUCUGAUAAUUUGCUCGGUUGGUGCCUUGUCACGCAGAUGGGCAUUAUCGGAUCGCUUGGUGUUAUCGAAAAGCGCAAGGGAUACGGAAGGCUUGUGUUGAAGGGAAUAGUAAAAAAAUUGGCCGAAAUGGGGUUAAACUCGUAUGCUAGUAUUCUGGCCAAUAAUGAACCUUCCAAGGCUCUGUUUGAAAGCGUUGGUUUUAAGCUUAUUAAACGAGUCAAUUGGAUUAGAAACUGCGAGAGAAAGCUUGUAGAAUGGAAGUCAGCAGGGAGUAUUGCAAUGGAGAAGUAACGCGAGCAACAUUGCAAUGACAUUGAAAGAUAAAACGUUAUAGUUUACAAUAAACUAAUGUAAACUGGAAAGGGGUUUCGAUUAUUAUAAUAAUUAACACAUUAAAUUUAUGUAUCAAUCCAUGGAAUCUGUAUAUGCAUUACUUAUGCUCUUCAUUGUUUUUUUUCUACAUAUGGUC